UGUGAAUUUCCUGGGCAACUACAUAUAUCCCCAUUCUACUACACAUACUUUUUUUGUGUCCCAAGCUCCCAACUUAUAUCUAUCUUUUUUUCAUCACUCUUCUUAUACUCGAUCGUUCUUCCUGCGCGUUCUCGUUACCUAUCUUCAACCAAAUAAUUUCCCAAAUCCCUAAUUUUCCCACAUCACAAUCAUCAAAUUCAGUCAAACUCUCAUGAUUUCCCCCCAAUUUCCCUCCUUUCCUUAAUCAAAUCCCUAAUUAUUAACAAAACUCAUCCUUUACUGGUAUAAAUUUGCACUAACAUUACUCAAUUUUCAAUUUCCAAGGCAAUCAUGGCGACCAAGAAGCCCCAAAGAUCGCCAGCAGAAGUCGAGGACAUAAUUCUGCGGAAAAUAUUUCUUGUGUCUCUCGUAGAUUCAAUGGAAUUGGAUUCCCGUGUAGUUUACCUGGAAUUAACUGCUGCUGAAGUUCUCAGCGAGGGCAAGGAAUUGCUGUUAUGUAGGGAUUUGAUGGAAAGGGUUUUGAUUGACCGGCUUUCAAAUGAUUUCCCGAAUGCCGAAUCACCUUUUACUUAUUUAGUUGGAUGUUAUAGGCGUGCUUAUGAAGAAGGGAAGAAGAUUAUGAGCAUGAAAGAUAAGGAUUUGAGGUCUGAGAUGGAGUCAGUAUGUAAUCAAGCCAAGAAAUUGGCGGUAUCGUAUUGUAGGAUUCACUUAGGUAACCCUGAUAUGUUUCCUGGUGUAGAUGAAGCUCCUUUUAGUGACAAUGCUAAUCCGAUGGGGAAGAAACUGUCGUCAUUGUUGCCUUUGAUUUAUUCGGAUGUUGGUGGCGCCGUUAUUGAUAGCUUUGGAGGAUCUGGAAGUAAUGGUGGGAUUACUAGCCCACCAGGGUUUUUGGAUGAAUUCUUUGGGGAGGGGGAUUUUGAUAGUUUAGACCCGAUUUUUACUUAUUUGUAUGAUAACUUGAGGGAAAAAGUGGUAAGGGAAUCGGCUUUGGGAAAUUUUCAGCAGCCGAUGAGGGCUUUGUUAUAUCUGGUUGGUUUCCCAGCUGGGGCAAAGUCUUUAGUUAUUCAUAAAUGGUGGAUGCCACCAGGGUCAUUUUCGAACGGUCGUGCUAUGGAGGUUGCUAGCAUUUUGGGUCCUUUCUUUCAUAUCAGUGCACUACCCGAUAUUGCUCUUUUUAAGAGCCAUCCUGAUGUUGGUCAGCAGUGCUUCUCUGAAUCAUCAUCUCGUCGUCAAGCUGAUCUACUAUCGUCAUUCACUACCAUAAAGACCGUGAUGAAUAAUUUGUAUGAUGGUCUGCAUGAGGUUCUUCUUUGUCUUCUGAAAAAACCAGAUACUCGAGAAAAUAUUUUAGAAUUUUUAGCAGCAGUAAUCAAUAGCAAUUCCUCGAGGGCACAUUUGCAGAUUGAUCCAUUGACCUGUGCUAGCUCUGGCAUGUUUGUCAAUCUCAGUGCUGUUAUGCUCAGGCUUUGUGAGCCAUUUUUAGAUGCUAAUCUCAUGAAACGGGAUAAAAUCGAUCCUAACUAUGUAUUUUACAGCAAUCGUUUGGCUUUAAGAGGAUUAACCGCACUGCAUGCUUCAUCAGAAGAAGUUACGGCUUAUAUUUCUGAGCUUAAUAACGGAAGAGUAGAACGUUCUACCGAAAGUAGUGUUACAGAUAACCGCUCGUUGACAUCUUUGGAAGCCACUGGUUCUGGUGGUCCUCCUAUUGAGAAUGUGCAAUCAGUGUCAAGAAGUGGUGAUAAAGUUAAAUAUCCCUUCAUAUGUGAAUGCUUCUUUAUGACAGCAAGGGUUCUUAACUUGGGGUUAUUAAAGGCAUUUUCAGAUUUCAAGCAUCUAGUUCAGGAUAUCUCAAGAUCGGAAGAUUCCCUGGCUACCUUUAAGGCCAUGCAAGAGCAAGCUCCAAAUCGUCAGUUGGAGAUGGAUAUAACUCGUCUUGAAAAAGAGAUUGAAUCAUAUACACAAGAAAAGUUUUGUUAUGAGGCACAAAUACUUAGGGACGGGGGGCUUAUUCAGCGCGCUUUAUCAUUUUGCCGGUUAGAGGUGGUCUGGUUGGUUGGCCUAGUUGGUGGUUUCAAACUGCCUCUGCCAUCUCCUUGUCCUAUGGAAUUUGCUUGUAUGCCAGAACAUUUUGUGGAGGAUACAAUGGAAUUGCUGAUAUUUGCAUCUCGAAUCCCAAAAGCUUUGGAUGGGGUCAUUUUGGAUGAUUUCAUGAACUUUAUCAUCAUGUUUAUGGCUAGCCCCGAAUAUAUUAGAAAUCCUUAUUUAAGAGCAAAAAUGGUCGAAGUGCUGAAUGGUUGGAUGCCUCGUAGGAGUGGCUCUUCUGCAACAGCUAAUCUAUUUGAAGGACAUCAAUUGUCUUUGCAAUAUCUUGUCAAGAAUCUUCUAAAGCUGUACGUUGACAUUGAAUUCACGGGAUCUCAUACACAGUUCUAUGAUAAAUUUAAUAUUCGUCACAAUAUUGCAGAGCUUUUGGAAUAUCUUUGGCAGGUUCCUAGUCAUCGCAAUGUUUGGAGACUGAUUGCAAAGGAAGAAGAAAAGGGCGUCUACCUAAAUUUCUUAAAUUUCCUGAUUAACGACAGCAUCUACCUCCUUGAUGAAAGCCUUAAUAAAAUCCUUGAACUCAAAACGCUAGAAGCUGAGAUGUCCAAUACUGCUGAAUGGGAACAAAGACCCGCUCAAGAGAGGCAGGAGAGAACUCGGACUUUCCAUUCUCAAGAGAAUAUAAUUAGACUUGAUAUGAAAUUGGCAAAUGAAGAUGUUAGUCUGCUGGCUUUCACUUCAGAACAGAUUACUGCGCCUUUGCUUCUUCCGGAAAUGGUUGAAAGAGUUGCCAGCAUGCUUAAUUACUUUUUGCUACAAUUAGUGGGUCCACAAAGGAAAUCGUUGAGCUUGAAGGAUCCUGAGAAGUACGAGUUCCGUCCAAAACAUCUGCUUAAACAGAUUGUCAACAUCUAUGUUCAUCUGGCAAAGGGAGAUGUGGGAAAUGUUUUCCCUGCUGCAAUUUCAAGGGAUGGGCGGUCUUACAAUGAACAGUUGUUUGGCGCUGCAGCUGACGUUCUUAUACGGAUAGGAGAAGAUGGAAGAAUUAUACAAGAGUUUGUCGAACUUGGUGUAAAAGCUAAAGCUGCGGCUGCUGAAGCCAUGGACGCAGAGAAUGCUCUUGGUGACAUACCUGAUGAAUUCUUGGACCCAAUUCAGUACACGCUGAUGAAGGACCCGGUUAUUUUGCCUUCUUCAAAAGUCACCCUUGAUCGGCCUGUCAUCUUGAGGCAUCUACUGAGUGACAGUACUGAUCCUUUCAACCGUUCCCCGCUUUCUCCAGACAUGCUAAUUCCUGAUCACGAGCUUAAGGCCAGAAUUGAGGAAUUUGUCAGGAGCCAUUCAACUAGGAACCAUGAUGAUGUACUUCUGCAAAGCACCAAGGGAACAAUACAAACCCCAACAACUGAUAUGCACUUGAUUGAUUAAGAUUACUCAGCUGAUCAAAUUUAGGGUUUACCAAAGCUUGAUUAAAUCAGGCAAAAUUUAAAGCAAUUUCCAGAUAUGUCUUUUUCAUGUUUGUAAAGGUAUUGUUAGGGGCAUUUUCAGCCGUAGAAUCCCAAGAAAUUUAGUUUGAUCAAUGUAUAUAAUGAUUGGAUCCAAUCAGUGUUCUAAUGCCCUGUUGAUUGGUUAUAUAUGGCGCCUUAAAAUGAA